GAUUUCCUUCAAAUGCUGUUGGAGAACAUCCCAGAAGACAAAAGGCUCGGCCUGUCUGUCGAGAACAUCGUCCGUGAUUGGCUUGAGUGUUCCGGAAUACCUAAGGUGGGUGCAGAGGUGGCGAAAUGGAUUCGAGUGAACCGCAGACCCGGAAAACGCAAACGAGGGAAGCGAGAAGCCGCCUUUGAAAAGCUUUCUCCAGACCAGAUCAUCUUGCUUCUGGAGUGUCUCUUAGAGCAGAAGACCCUGAGCCCCCAGACACUGCAGCGCCUCCAGCAGACAUAUGGCCUCCAAGAGCAGGACGCAGAGGUUCGCCAUCGAUGGUGUGAACUGGUGGUUAAGCACAAGUAUGCAAAAGCAUAUGAGCAGGUGGAGAGGUUCCUGCAGGAGGAUCAGGCCAUGGGUGUGUAUCUCUAUGGGGAGCUGAUGUUGAGCGAGGAUGCCAGGCAGCAGCAGCUUGCCCGAAGGUGCUUUGAGCGGGUGAGGGAACACAUGGACAGAGCCUCGGCCCAGGUGGUGUCUGAAAUGCUGUUUUAAAGAGGAUAGAUCACAGUGAGAUUCUCUUUCAUAUGCCUCCUCCUAGCCCUGGUGGGGCCAAGACUGCACUGACCCUGGACAUCAAAGGGAGGAUUAUGUGGCUGCUAAAGCCAUCAGCCCACAGCAGCAGUCGGUCAUUCGCAUCUUGGGCUUCUGGCUCCCAGAGACUGGGCUCCUGUGGCAUAUAUAAAAGGCGGAGCCUCAUAAACUGUUGCACCUGGCAACUGCCUUUGUUCCCAGUCCUGGAGAGACUGGGUCUACACACUGGAACUGAGCUGUGACUUGAAGGCAGUUGUUCAAAGAAUGAAGGAUGCCCUCCCCUAGGCAGAUGAAGAGCCAACUGCCUGCUUCCUGUGAUUGCAAAAACUAGCUUCCAUGGUCUGAGAUGCCAGCAUCACGCGACACCCCCUGUGACUGGUCCCCAAGGAUUCUGCCUUUUGAUGUGUUCAGUCAGUAGAACAUUUCUGCUUUUGCAAACGCAGGGAAGCCUGAGCUGUCUUAAUAAAGGAGCAGAUUUGCUGGUAUAACUGUUUAUUUCUGAACCUGAUGCCACUUUCAAGCGAGGAGGGGCGUGUGUCAGAAAAGGCAUUUCGCACACCUUCUAGCCUUUCCUACCUCCAAAUCCCUGGGGAAACCUCCGGGUACUGUUAAUUCUGAGAACGCUGAAAGCGAAAGGAAUUAAUGCAGUGUGGGACUCGACUCUCUUCCAAAAGGUGGCGUCUCGGGAGUCUCUGAUGAGACGGUUUAUUUCUUUCCUUUGAAUAUUAACAUAUAGAACAAGUUGUCCAGAGAAGGAUGCUGUCACUACCAUGGUUGUGGUCACAUGUGCCCAGACAAGGCUGAGCCAUGUGAGAAGGAAGGAACCAGAAGGAGCAAGCACUCUCCUGCCUGGCUGGCCGGGUUCUGCAUUCAGGCCUGCUGGGCAAGGGAGGCUCUAGGACGGACGGACAGACAGAUGUUGGCAAAGAAUCCUUGGUCUUGAGAACCUGGGUCAUACCAGUGUGCACUGUGGAUGGUUACAGAGGACUUGUGGAUGUUUACCUGCUUUGUAUAUUGCGAUGGUAGAAGAAUCAAAAUGUGUUAAAUCCAACUUGACAUUAUACUGCUUUCUGUGAAGACUUGAAAUAAAAGGCAGAGUCUGUGGCUCCCUGGUUCUCAGAA